AGCGGGAGACAGAAAAUAAACUAAACCAGUGCCGGCUGGUGGCCAGUGCUACGAGAAGGCGAAGGCUGGAGAACUUUAACCUGGACCUUGUGGCUUGUGGAUAAUGAUGGGCUCGGAGGCUGUGAUGCCAGGAGGAAGGUCCUGGGCCAGGAAGCUCCAAGCAGGGCCCAGGCAUCCAUGUGGGGGUCAGUGGCCAGCACCUUCCCUUCAGCCUGCAGCCUGCUGAUAUGCAGGAGGAAAUCCUGCAAGCCAGCCAGCCACCACCAAUCAUGGCCGGGCCCCGGAGCCGCCUCCUGCUCGGCUUCCUGGCCCUCUUCCUGGCAGUAUCCAGCUUCAUCAUGGGGCAGAAGGUGAGGUCCCGACGCUGCGAUGUGAAGACCAAGCUGGUCACGCGUAUACCCUGCACCCCGUGCCCUGCCAUCAAGAAGCGGGUGUGUCCCUCGGGCUGGCUUCGGGAGUUCCCAGAGAAGAUCUCACAGGACUGCCGAUACGAGGUGCAGCUGGGGGACUCUUUGUUGUCCAUGAGCGGCUGUAGCCUGGAGUGCUGGAAGGACGUGGUUCAGAAGGCCUGCUGCCCUGGCUACUGGGGGUCCCAGUGCUAUGAGUGCCCUGGGGGUGCUGAGACCCCGUGCCACGGCCAUGGGACUUGCCUGGACGGCAUAGACAGGAAUGGGACCUGCGUGUGCCAGGAAAACUUCAGUGGCUCAGCCUGUCAGGAGUGUAGAGACCCCAACCGGUUCGGGCCUGACUGCCAGUUGGUGUGCAGCUGUGUGCAUGGCGUGUGCCUCAAUGGCCCGCUCGGGGAUGGCAGCUGCCUGUGCUUUGCUGGAUACACUGGACCCCGCUGUGACCAAGAGCUGCCCGUCUGCCAAGCCCUGAACUGUCCCCAGAACUCCCAGUGCUCUGCUGAGGCCCCCACCUGCCGCUGCCUGCCUGGCUACACCCAGCAGGGCAGCAAAUGUGAAGCCCUUGACCCUUGCCGGUCAUCGCCCUGCUCUACCAUUGCCCAGUGCUCUGUGAGCCCCAGGGGGCAGGCAGAGUGUCGCUGCCCUGAGAACUACUAUGGUGAUGGAACAGUGUGUAUGCCCCAGGACCCAUGCAUCACCAACAAUGGUGGCUGCCCCAGCAACUCCACCCUAUGCCUGUACUGGAGGCCAGGCCAGGUCUCCUGCUCAUGUAAGCCGGGCCUGGUCAGCAUCAACAACAAUCCCUCCGCCGGCUGCUUUGCCUACUGCUUCCCCUAUUCCUGUGACCGGUCAGCCACCUGCCAGGUGACCCCUGAUGGAACAACCAGCUGCGUGUGCAAGGAGGGCGAGGUGGGGGAUGGGCGUGCCUGCUACGGACACCUGCUCCAUGAGGUGCAGAAGGCCAGCCAGAUAAACAUGAUGUUCCUGCGGCUGAGAGUGACCCUCGACAUGCUGGACAAGGGCUGCCGGGAGAUCCUCACCACUUCGGGCCCAUUCACCGUGCUGGCGCCGUCCAUAUCCUCCAGGACCAUAAACGCCUCCCUUGCCCAGAAGCUCUGUAGACAGCACAUCAUCCCAGGGCAGCACCUGCUAGAGGAAUCAGGGACCCGGUCUACACGCACGUGGUGGACACUGGCUGGGCAGGAGAUCACAGUCACUUUCAACCGCUUCAGGAAAUACACCUACCAGUACAAAGACCAGCCCCAGCAGACAUUCACCAUCCACAAAGCCAACUACCCAGCAGCCAACGGCGUCUUCCACAUGGUCACUGCCCUGCGGUGGCAGCCCCCACCGGAGCUCCCUGAGGACCCCACGAGGACCAUCAGCCAGAUCCUUGCCUCCACCGAGGCCUUCUCCCGGUUUGAAACCAUCCUUGAGAACUGUGGGCUGCCCUCUUUCCUGGAUGGGCCUGGGCCCUUCACAGUCUUUGCCCCCAGCAAUGAGGCAGUGGAUGGCUUGCGGGAUGGCCGCCUGGUCUACCUCUUCACGGCGGGUCUCUCCAAACUGCAGGAGCUCGUGAGGUACCACGUUUACAGCCACGGCCAGCUGACUGUUGAGAAGCUCAUCUCCAAGGGCCGUGUCCUCACCAUGGCAAACCAGGUCCUGGCUGUGAACAUUUCUGAGGAGGGACGCAUCCUGCUGGGACCUGAGGGCGUCCCACUACGGAGAGUGGAUGUGCUGGCUGCCAACGGUGUGAUCCACAUGCUGGAGGGCAUCCUGCUGCCCCCCACCAUCCUGCCCAUCCUGCCCAAGAUCUGCAACGAGGAGCAGCACAAGGUCGUGGCGGGCUCCUGUGUGGACUGCCAAGCCCUGAACACCAGCAUGUGCCCCCCCAACAGCACGAAGCUGGACAUCUCCCCUGAGGAGUGUGUCUACAUCCAUGACCCUACCGGACUCAACGUCCUGAAGAAGGGCUGUGCCCACUAUUGCAACCAGACCAUCCUGAAACCUGGCUGCUGCAAAGGGUUUUUUGGACCUGACUGUGCACAGUGUCCUGGGGGCUUCUCCAACCCCUGCUAUGGCCAAGGCAAUUGCAGUGAUGGGGUCCAGGGCAAUGGGGCCUGCCUCUGCUUCCCAGACUACAAGGGUGUCGCCUGCCAUAUCUGUUCGAACCCAAACAAACAUGGAGUUCAGUGCCAGGAAGACUGCGGCUGUGUCCAUGGUCUAUGUGACAACCGUCCAGGCAGUGGGGGUGUGUGCCAGCAUGGCACAUGUGCCCCGGGCUUCGGUGGUCGCUUCUGCAAUGAGUCCAUGAUGAACUGUGGGCCCACAGAACAGGCCCAGCAGUGCCAUCCGCUGGCCCGCUGUGUUAACCAGGGGGGUGUUGCCAGGUGUCUCUGUGUCGAUGGCUUUGAGGGCGACGGCUUUUCCUGCACACCCAUCCACCCCUGCUCCCGCCCAGACAGGGGCGGAUGCUCGGAGAAUGCUCAGUGUGUCCCUGGGGCCCAGGGAACCCACCACUGCACCUGCAACAAAGGCUGGAGUGGGGAUGGUCGUGUCUGCGUGGCCAUCAACGAGUGUGAGCUGGAUGUGCGAGGCGGCUGCCAUGCUGACGCCCUCUGCAGCUAUGUGGGUCCCGGGCAGAGCCGGUGCACCUGCAAGCUGGGAUUCGCAGGGGAUGGCUACAUGUGCAGUCCCAUUGACCCCUGCCGGGCAGGCAACGGAGGCUGCCAUGACCUGGCCACCUGCAGGGCAGUGGGGGGAGGUCAGCGGGUCUGCACAUGCCCCCCUGGCUAUGGGGGUGAUGGCUUCAGCUGCUAUGGAAACAUAUUCCAGGAGUUGGAGGCAAAUGCCCACUUCUCUGUCUUCUAUCAGUGGAUCAAGGGGGCCGGCAUCACUCUUCCUGCUGACAGCCGAGUCACAGCCCUGGUGCCCUCCGAAUCUGCCAUCAGUAGGCUUAGCCCUGAGGACCAGGCUUUCUGGCUGCAGCCAAGGAUGCUGCCACAACUGGUCAGGGCCCAUUUUCUCCAGGGCGCCCUCUCUGAGGAGGAGCUGGCCCGGCUGGACGGGCAGAGUGUAGCCACCCUGAGCCCCACCCUGCGCUGGGAGAUCCGCAACAUCAGCGGGAGGGUCUGGGUGCAGAACGCCAGCGUGGAUGUGGCUGACCUCCUUGCCACCAACGGUGUCCUCCACAUCCUCAGUCAGGUCUUACUGCCUCCAAGAGGGGAUGUGCUGGGUGGGCAGGGGUUGCUGCAGCAGCUGGACUCCGUGCCUGCCUUCCACCUGUUCCGGGAGCUGCUGCAGCGCCACAGGCUGGUACCCCAGAUCGAGGCUGCCACUGCUUACACCAUCUUCGUGCCAACCAACCGCUCUCUGGAAGCCCAGGCCAAUAGCAGCAACCUGGAUGCUGACGCAGUGCGUCACCACGUGAUCCUGGGGGAGGCGCUCUCCAUGGAGGCCCUGCGGAGGGGGGGACACCGAAACUCCCUCCUGGGCCCCGCCCACUGGCUUGUCUUCUACAACCAUAGCAGCGAGCCUGAGGUGAACCACGUGCCUUUGGAAGGCCCUGUGCUGGAGGCUCCUGGCCGCUCCCUGUUCGGCCUGUCGGGGGUCCUAAACGUGAGCUCAAGCCGCUGCCUGCACAGCCAUGCAGAGGCCCUGCGGGAGAAAUGUGUCAGCUGCACUCGGAAGUUCCGCUGCAAUAAGGGCUACAAGCUGGAGGACACCCCCAAAAAGAGCUGUGUCUAUCGAUCUGGCUACUCCUUCUCCCGGGGCUGUUCUUACACAUGUGCCAGGAAGAUCCAGGUGCCUGACUGCUGCCCUGGCUUCUUUGGCACACUGUGUGAACCGUGCCCAGGGGGUCUGGGUGGUGUGUGCUCGGGCCACGGGCAGUGCCAGGACAGGGUCCUGGGCAGUGGGGAGUGCCGCUGCCAUGAGGGCUUCCAUGGAACAGCCUGCGAGAUGUGUGAGCUGGGCCGCUAUGGGCCUAACUGCACCGGAGUGUGCAACUGUGCCCACGGGCUGUGCCAGGAGGGGCUUCGAGGGGAUGGAAGUUGUGUCUGUAACGUGGGUUGGCAAGGCAUUCGCUGUGACCAGGAAAUCACUGGCCCUCAGUGCCCACAGAAGUGUGACCCCAAUGCCAACUGCCUUCAGGACUCGGCUGCCGCCCCCACCUGCGUCUGUGCUGCAGGAUACUUGGGCAACGGCACCUACUGUUCAGAGGUGGACCUCUGUGCCCAGGACCAUGGGGGCUGCUCCCCCCAUGCCAACUGCACCAACGUGGCCCCUGGCCAGCGGACAUGUACCUGCUGGGAUGGCUACACGGGCGACGGGGAGAUAUGCCAGGAGGCUAACAGCUGUCUCAUCCGCCACGGGGGCUGCCACAAGCAUGCCGAUUGUAUCCCCACAGGCCCCCAGCAGGUCUCCUGCAGCUGCCGUGAGGGUUACAGUGGGGACGGCAUCCAGACAUGUGAUCUCCUGGACCCUUGCUCCCAGAACAACGGAGGCUGCAGUCUCCAUGCUGUGUGCAAAAGCACAGGGGAUGGCCAGAGGACGUGUACCUGCGACGCAGCCCACACUGUGGGUGAUGGCUUCACCUGCCGUGCCCGAGUUGGCCUGGAGCUCCUUCGGGACAAGCAAGCCUCCUUCUUCAGUCUCUACCUCCUGGAAUACAAAGAGCUCAAGGGGGAUGGGCCUUUCACAAUCUUUGUGCCACAUGCUGAUCUAAUGACCAAUCUGUCACAGGAUGAGAUGGCCCGAAUUCGUGCCAAUCGCCAGCUUGUGUUCCGCUACCACGUGGUUGGUUGCCGGCAGUUGCGAAGCCAAGAGCUGCUGGAAGAGGGCUAUGCCACCACACUCUCGGGGCACCCGCUGCGCUUCAGUGAGAGGGAGGGCAGCAUAUACAUCAAUGACUUCGCUCGAGUGGUGAGCAGCGACCAGGAAGCAGUGAAUGGUGUCCUGCAUUUCAUUGACCGUGUACUGCUGCCGCCCCAAGUCCUGCACUGGGAGCCGGAUACUGCCCUGAUCCCACGGAGAAACGUCACUGCUGCCGCCGAGAGCUUCGGUUACAAGAUCUUCAGUGGCCUUGUGACGAUGGCUGGCCUCCUACCCCUGCUUCAAGAUUCAUCCCAUAGGCCUCUUACAAUGCUGUGGCCCACAGACUCCGCCCUGCGGGCAUUGCCUCCUGAUCGCCAGGUCUGGCUGUACCACGAGGACCAUCGUGACAAGCUGGCAGCCAUUCUGCGGGGCCACGUGAUCCGCAAUGUUGCGGCCUUGGCAUCUGACCUGCCCAACCUGGGCCCACUGCGCACCAUGCAUGGGACCCCCAUCUCCUUCUCCUGCAGCCGUGCCCGGCCGGGUGAGCUCAUGGUGGGAGAGGAGGAUGCCCGAAUUGUGCAGCGGCACCUGCCCUUUGAAGGUGGCCUAGCUUAUGGCAUCGACCAGCUGCUGGAGCCACCUGGCCUUGGAGCCCGCUGUGACAGCUUUGAGACUCGGCCUCUGUGGCUGAAGGUUUGCAGCAUUUGUGGGCUGGAACCCCCCUGUCCUGAGGGCUCCAAGGAGCAGGGCAGCCCUGAGGCCUGCCGGCCCUACUUCUCCAAGUUCUGGACAGCCCCUCCGCUGCACUCCCUGGCACUACGCAGGGUUUGGAGCCGGUCCAGCCACUGGGGUCAGCCCCAAGGUCUGGGUAGGGGCUGCUAUCGCAACUGUGUCACCACCACCUGGAAGCCCAGCUGCUGCCCUGGUCACUAUGGCAGUGAGUGUCGAGCUUGCCCUGGUGGUGCCAGCAGCCCCUGCAGUAACCAUGGUGAUUGUGUGGACGGCAUGAGCGGCAGCGGGAAAUGUAGGUGCCAUUUGGGGUUUGCUGGGACAGCAUGUGAGCUCUGUGCCCCAGGUGCCUUUGGGCCCCUUUGCCAAGCCUGCAACUGCACCUCCCAUGGCCACUGUGAUGAUGGCCUGGGGGGCUCUGGCUCCUGCUUCUGCGAUGAGGGCUGGACUGGGCCACACUGCGAGGUGCAGCUGGAGCUGAAGCCUGUGUGUGCCCCACCCUGCGCACCCCAGGCCGUGUGCCGAGUGGGCAACAGCUGUGAGUGUAGCCUGGGCUAUGAAGGGGAUGGCCGCACUUGCACAGUGGUGGACCUGUGCCAGGAUGGGCACGGUGGCUGCAGUGAGCAUGCUCACUGCAGCCAGGCAGGCACAGUGGUCACGUGCACCUGCCUGCCCAACUACGAGGGUGACGGCUGGAGCUGCCGGGCCCGCAACCCCUGUGAGGAUGGCCACCAUGGUGGCUGCAGCGAGCAUGCUGACUGUCUGAUCACUGGGCCGAAUGUGCGGCGCUGUGUGUGCCAUGUUGGCUAUGUGGGUGACGGGCUGCAGUGUCUGGAGGAGCCUGAGCCACCCGUGGACCGCUGCCUAGACCGGCCACCACCUUGUCACAGGGAUGCCGUGUGCACUGACCUGCACUUCCAAGAGAAACGUGCGGGUGUUUUCCACCUCCAGGCCUCCAGUGGCCCUUAUGGCCUGAACUUCUCAGAGGCUGAGGCAGCUUGUGGGGCCCAGGGAGCUGUUCUUGCUUCUCUCCCUCAGCUCUCUGCUGCCCAGAAGCUGGGCUUCCACCUCUGCCUCGUGGGCUGGCUGGCCAAUGGCUCGGCUGCCCACCCUGUCAUUUUCCCCACUGCUGACUGUGGUGAGGGUCAGGUAGGCGUGGUCAGCCUGGGUGCCCGGGUGAACCUGUCAGAGCGCUGGGACGCCUACUGCUACCGCGUACAAGAUGUAGCCUGCCGAUGCCUCGAUGGCUUCGUGGGUGAUGGAAUCAGUGUAUGCAACGGGAAGCUGCUUGAUGUACUGGCUACCACCGCCAACUUCUCCACCUUCUACGGGAUGCUACUGGGCUAUGCCAAUGCCACCCCCAGGGGUCUUGAGUUCUUGGACUUCUUGGACGACGAGCUCACCUACAAGACACUCUUCGUCCCUGUCAACGAAGGCUUUGUGGACAACAUGACGCUGAGCGGCCCAGACCUGGAGCUGCAUGCCUCCAACACCACCUUCCUGAGCACCAACGCCAGCCAGGGUUCCUUGCUUCCUGCCCACUCGGGCCUCAGCCUUGUCAUCAGUGACGUGGGCCCUGACAAUGGUUCUUGGGCUCAUGUGGUCCCAGGGGCAGUUGUCGUUAGCCAUGUCAUUGCAUGGGACAUCAUGGCCUUCAAUGGCAUCAUCCACGCUCUGGCCAGCCCCCUCCUGGCACCCCCACAGCCUCAGGCAGUGGUGGCCGCUGAGGCCCCACCCGUGGCAGCAGGCGUGGGGGCUGUGUUAGCUGCGGGAGCGCUGCUUGGUCUGGUAGCCGGAGCCCUCUACCUCCGUGCGCGAGGCAGGGCCACAGGCUUUGGCUUCUCUGCCUUCCAGGAGGAAGACAACGAUGCUGAUGACUUCUCCCCAUGCCAGGAAGGGACCAGCCCAACCUUGGUCACUGUCCCCAACCCGGUCUUUGGUAGCCAGGAUGCCUUCUGUGAGCCCUUUGAUGACUCGCUCCUGGAGGAGGACUUCCCCGACACCCAGAGGACCCUCACAGUCAAGUGACGCAGUCUGGGCUGAAGCAGAGGCACAAGCAGGAGGGAGACGGCUUUUAUUGCCCAGAGUGGGCGGGACUGAAGGGGCUGGGCCUCGUCCAGAUAAUAAAGGUGCCCUCAGCGGAUGUGGGCCAUGUCCCCGA